AUGUUAUUCAAUAACUUCUGUGCUUGUACUGGUGAUACUUCAUACUUGCGAAAGGACCAGGAAUCAUCGACGACUCCGUCAAAGAAAAGAAAACUUUCCCUAAGAUCUUCCUCACGUAAACUUCGUAAAAGUCCUAGAUCAAUUCGCUCAUCGACCACCUCAUCGCAAAGGUCACCUCACUCACCAACCUCUUCGGUGAAAUCGCCUCGCGCUAGAGCCACUUCGCCAAAGAAAGGUACUUCAGGUGCAACCUGGACUCCUGAUGAAGAUAAAAUUUUGAUAGAAAGCAUCUUGGAAUUAUUACCUCCUAUUCCUUGGUCAACCAUUAUCGUCAAAUUACCCGAAAGGAACACGAAAAGUUUACAAAAUCGCUGGCAAAGUUUGAAAAAAAGAUUACACGCUUAA